AAGAAGAGGAGGAUGUUACUGUAAAAGAAGAAGAGGAUGUUACUGUAAAAGAAGAGGAGGAAGACACGUUCAGAGUGAAAGAGGAAGACGAUGUUACAGUAAAAGAAGAGGACGGGUCCGUUUUUGGAGUGAAAUUGGAGGAGGAGGAGAUGACUGUCACAUCGAAAAAGGAGGAAGAGGAGGAAACUGGAUUUCUGGGCCCGGUUCCCCAAAGCCAUCUUAAGGCAUCCAGUAUUGAUGAUGAAGUUAGCCGUGAGAUGCUUUUGAGAAACCGGGACCUGAUUAACACUAGAGAGAGACCUGACUAUUGUGGAUCCUCUGGGGAGCCUCAACAACAUCAUGAAGCUGACGAGGCAGAGAAGAGUCUCUCCACAUCAGAACAUCUCAAGAAACACCAACGGAAACCCACAGGGAAGAAAUCUCACCACUGCUCUGACUGCGGGAAGAGUUACUCAAGAUUAGAUUCACUAAAAGUACACCAGAGAAUUCACACAGGCGAUACAGCUCACUGCUCUGACUGUGGGAAGAGAUUCACCUCUUCAGCUGACCUAAAAAGACAUGAGAGAAUCCAUACAGGAGAAAAACCUUAUAGCUGUGAUCAAUGUGGGAAGAGAUUUACUCACUCAAGCUGCCUGAAGGUACACCAGAGAACACACACUGGAGAGAAACCUUAUAGCUGUGAUCAAUGUGAGAAGAGAUUUGUUACAUCUAGCCGUCUGACUAUACACCAGAGAACACACACAGGAGAGAAACCUUAUAGCUGUGAGCAAUGUGGGAAAAGUUUUAAUGUUCGAAGCGGCCUGAAAACACACCAGACAACACACACAGGGGAGAAAUCUUUUAGUUGCUCUGACUGCGGGAAGACCUUUUCAAAAUUAUAUACAUUACAGUUACACCGGACAAUUCACACUGGGGAGAAACUUUAUAGCUGUAAUCAAUGUAGGAAGAGUUUUAAUCACUCAAGCUUGCUGAAGGUACAUCAGAGAACACACACAGGAGAGACAUCUUUUAUAGCUGUGAUCAAUGUGGGAAGAGAUGUGUUACAUCUAGCAGUCUGACUAUACACCAGAGAACACACACAGGAGGCAUAUCGUACAGCUGUGAUCAAUGUGGGAAAAUACUUACAUCUAGCCAUCGGACUGUUCACCAGCGGACACACGAGAGAACCCUUGUAGCUGUAAUCAAUGUGGGAAGAGUUUUACUCGGCCAAACAUCCUGAUAUCACACCAGAGAACACAGGAGAGACACCUCGUAGCUGUGAUCGAUGUGGGAAGAGAGACGCUGGUAAAGUAUCUCUGAUUAAACAUCAGAGAAAAUGCAUAUAUGAAGGAGUUGUUUCAUGACAUCAAUACGAUGAUGUCACAAUGUAGAAUGUUUUAACAUUGUAGUAGGAGUAUUUUAAUGAUGUCACAAUGUAGAAUGUUUUAACAUUGUAGUAGGAUUAAUUUAAUGAUGUCAUAAUGUAGAAUGUUUUAACAUUGUAGUAGGAUUAAUUUAAUGAUGUCACAAUGUAGAAUGUUUUAACAUUGUAUUAGGAGUAUUUUGAUGAUGUCAUCAUGUAGAAUGUUUUAACAUUGUAGUAGGAUUAAUUUAAUGAUGUCACAAUGUAGAACCCUAAACGUUUGUCUCCUGUUCUAUUGAUUUCAACAUGAUAUCGAAAUGAGUGAUGACAAAAAAUGUGUUGCGUUUCUCUUCGUUUUGGGGACCCCUACAUUUAAAUGCAUCACUCCAAAAUGUAGCUGAUUGUCUUCUGCAGGUUGUCCUCUAACCAGUGAGGUAAAAUAUAUCUCCCAUUUCUAUGUUUUAAAUUUUUUUUUAUAGUUGUGUUAGUUUUAACAGCACAUACAACCUGAUUUCCCCCCUAAUCGAUAUCAGUGAUUUAUUGUUGUUGUUUUUGGUGUAAUCGUGUAACAUUUAGUAAUCAUAAUUAUUUAUGUAACCAACUGACAUUUUUUUUGUUUACUAAUAAUGUAGUAAAACAAGUUUAUAUUUCUGGUUGGAUGUUACAUCCUAUUCUUACUAUUUUAAUGUAUUUUCCUCAGAGUGAUCAUUAGUCUUUCAGUUUUUAUUGUUAUUCCUAAUGUUUGUUGUGGUGUAAAUAUUUAGUGUAGUUUUUAUUUUCAUCGUUUUUAUUUGUUUGUUUUUUCCUGUGAAGCGCAUUAAGUUGCAUCCAUGUCUGAAAUGUGCUGUAUAAAUAAAGCUUGAUUUCAACAUAUUGUAAAACAAAUUAACCCAACCACCGACCAAUUAACAGACUCUAUGUAAACCAAUGAUGAAAUAUGUGCAAAAGCAACACAAAUCUUGGUCCAUCUCAGUAUGAAAAACUGUAUCAAUUCAGUAUAUCUUCCACUAUGUCUAAAUAAUACACGGUAUGCCAGUUUAGUAUCUCUUUUCAACUAAUCCAGUACAUUCUUGUUGAACAUUUAGAAAUUGUAGUGUAAUAUAGAAAUACUCAUCAACUGGAUGAGUCACCAUUUAGUUUGGAAAUGAUACAACCAUUAUGUAACGUAAACUCACUCACUUUUGUACAUCCUCUUGGUCCGCACAAUUGACCUUAUUUUAGCACCAAAAAAACGUAAUACUUCCAGAUCAACUGUAAUAUGAAUACUACUGUAAAGCGGAACUUCUUCCCUUUACAACAAAAUCAAAGAGGAGAUCUCGACGCUGCCUGUUUUUGCAUGAUUUACGUAAGUGAUGGAGCUUCGCCGGGCCUUUUUUUUAAAUGGCAGGUUGGGAGCGAAGGCUACGAAGUGAUCGUGAAAGGGGGAAAUAUGUUGUGUGAGGAAACAGGUUUUUUCACUCGAUAUGUCGAACUAAUCAACUUUAAAAUGUAAAUAAAACAAGAAAGAGUUUA